GUUGUUCAAAACUUAAAAGAGAUUAAACAUUUAUAACCUCCAAAAUUCUGUCAAAGAAAAAUUUGGUUAACCAAUGACAAGUGUCAAGCGGUACGAAGCAGGUUACCUGAAAACCACUAGUAACUAGUAACCGUUCUGAAAUUCUCGGUGAUAUACGGACAUACCCUAGGUAUAAAAUUUUUGGACAAAUUCUAUAAAUAUAAUAAUCAUAGAAAUACAAUUUUGUCUAUGACAAUAAUAAUAAAAUGGCUAUUUUGAUUAAUAAUAUUAAACCCGAUUUCUUGAAGGGUAAAUUAUUCACUGGCAUUUUAACAGCAAUGGCUGCAACAGCAGUAGAUUACAAGGAAGCAAAAACUAUUUAUGAGUUCACAGCUAAUAAUAUCAAGGGAGAACCUGUAUUGUUGGAUGAAUACAAAGGACAUGUAUGCUUAAUUGUAAAUGUUGCAUCAAAAUGUGGUUAUACCGACAAUCAUUACACAGAGUUGAAUGAGUUGUACGAUAAAUACAGUGAAUCUAAAGGUUUACGUAUAUUGGCAUUUCCAUGUAACCAGUUUGGGUCACAAGAACCAGGUAAUCCUGAUGAAAUUUGUGAAUUUGCGAAAAAAAGAAAGGUAAACUUUGAUAUGUUUGAUAAAGUUGAUGUAAACGGUAGUAAUGCUCAUCCACUUUGGAAAUUUUUGAAACACAAACAAGGUGGUCUACUGAUUGAUAGUAUAAAGUGGAAUUUCACCAAAUUCAUUGUGGACAAGAAUGGUUUACCAGUUGAAAGACAUGGACCAAGUACAAAUCCUAAAAAAUUGGAAAAAGAACUAGAAAAAUACUGGUGAAUAUAAUUGAAAUACACAGCUAUAUAGUUCAUACCACAUGAAGAUAAUUCUGAAUUAUUCACAAACAAUAACAAUGUAUAAUGGUUUAUUAUGUGUAGAUAUUAUUUAUAUUGUUAAUAAAAAAAGAUUUAACAAUUAAA